AUGCCCCCCUCCGACGACUGGGACAUCCGCGCCCUCGCCAUCCCCAUCGACGACACCCCCGAGAACACACGCCGACGAUCCCCCAGUCCCGCCGUCAACCGCACGCCUCUCUCCUCCUUCCGGCACCGCUCCUCCCCCACCGCUGGCCCCUCGACAUGGCAGUCUCGCGUGCAGCGCAACGCCGACAAGCUGCAGCGGCAUGCGUUACGGACGUAUAACAACCUGUCGGUGCUGCAGCGCGUGCUGGCCGUGUCGACGGGGCUCACGAUGCUGGUGCUGACGGUGCUGUUUUUGAUUUACCACAAUAGCAUCUUUGGAUGGCUUGCGCCGGCCGCGAAGCGGUGGAGGGAGAUCAAGGGCGGGUGGAUGAUCCUCUGGGCGCUGGUGUUUGUGGUCUCGUUCCCUCCGUUGAUCGGGUAUAGCACGCUGCUCACGAUCUCGGGGUUCGUGUAUGGGUUUCCGAAUGGAUGGUUCAUCGUCGCCUCCGCCACCAUCCUCGGCAGCACCGCCUCCUUCCUCGCCUCGCGCUCUCUCCUAAAAUCCCUCGUCCACCGGCUCAUAGCGCACGACACGCGCUUCGCCGCGCUGGCGCUAACCCUCAAGCACGACGGCCUCAAGCUGCUCGUCAUGAUCCGGCUGUGUCCGCUGCCCUACUCGCUCUCCAACGGCGCCAUCGCCACGUUCCCGACCGUGCAUCCGCUGGCCUUCAUGGCGGCCUCGGCGGCCGCGAGCCCGAAGCUGCUGCUGCAUGUCUUCGUGGGCGCUAAGCUGGGCGAGAUAGCCGAGAAGGGCGGGCAGAUGGAUGCCAAGACCAAGGCGAUUAGCUAUCUUAGUAUCGGGAUUGGGAUGGUGGCCGGCGCGGUGACGGGGUGGAUCAUUUAUCGGCAGACGAAGGCGAGGGCGAGGGAGCUCGAGCAGCUGGAGGAGGAGAAUGCGAGGGGGAGUAGUCGCGAGCAGUUGGUAAGGGAAUACUCGGACGAUCCGGGGGCAUUGGAGGCGGCCGAGAGGCUGAGGGAGGGGGAGGAUGAUAUUUCGUUGAGAGAGUCGUAUGGGGAGGAGGCGGGAGAGGUGUAUAGGGAUGAGAGUAGUGGCAGUGAGGAGGAAGGGGGCAGAGAUGUAUUUGGGGUCGGGGACGGAGGUGGGGACGUGGAUGCGCCGAUAGGGGGUAGGAGAUAA